AUUGUGAAAUGUUCCGAAAUUUCCUAACCCGGAAGUGCUUUUUUAGUGUUGCUGUCGAGACGCUGAUACAUUUUACCUUAGACAGAACAACAUGGCGUCGAGGGCACCAGCAGCUACCGGUAGACUCCUGGUUGGCUUCCGUAAAUGGUACUACAAUGCGGCCGGAUUCAACAAAAUUGGUCUGAUGCGUGAUGACACGAUCCAUGAAGAUAGCGAUGUGAAAGAAGCCCUGCGGAGGCUCCCAGAGAAAGUGUACAAUGACAGGAUGUUCAGGCUCAAGAGAGCCCUGGACCUGUCCAUGAAGCAGGCGGUUAUGCCUAAGGAACAGUGGACUCAAUAUGAGGAGGAUGUACAUUACCUGGAGCCUUACCUGGAAGAGGUCAUCCGUGAGAGGAAAGAGGUUGAGGAGUGGUCGAAGAAAUGAGAUUAAUCUGUUCUUUCUCUUUGGUCUGUACAUGGUUGUCUGUUGUAAUGUUUAAAAUAAAGUUUACCCUAUGGGAAGACUGCUUAUUAAAAAUGUACAUUUUUGCAAAA